UUUGCCGAUGGUAAAGAAUAAACAAAAGAAAAUGGUAUAUGGUUCUAACUUAACCCCAGACCAGUAAAUAAAUAAAAAUAACCUAUAAUAUAUAAAACAAAAUAAACUGAUGAAAUAAGUGAAAAAGUAAAUACUUUUACCAAUCAAAAUGACUUUACAAGAAAAAACUCGUUCUCCAUUCGAACAUUUACAAAAUACGUGGAAAGUCUAUAGCAGAAAAAAGUUUGUAAAGUAUGGAUUACCUUUUCUCAUUUUUACGGUGGGGGGUUCGGUGGCUCUAAAAGAGUGGACGCAGAUAAGGUAUCAAUUUGCACAGGUGAAAGGUGUGACUAAUGAAGAGGCAGAAAAAAUGGGUCUCCAUAGGGAAAAGAAAGUAACUGUAGAAGGAGUAUUUGAAGAAAUAAAGACACUGGAUAUUGAUAAUUGGGAAAACAAGAGAGGUCCUCGUCCUUGGGAAACAACAGAGCAGAAGAAGCAAUAGUAUUAAUAAUUAUUGUAACCUAAUAAACAUUAUUAUAUUAGCUA